GAACGUCUGUUUUUCACUUUCGAACGUUUUCAACAACAAAAGCAACAUCCGUAAAUUCAGUUAAACCCGAAUUUUCUCCCAAAAAAUUUUCCCGAAAUCAUGGGAUUCAUCAAAACGGAAAUACGUUCCGAAUCGGAUUUAAAAUCCAAACCUAUUGUUGAAAAUGCUGAUGGUGAUUAUGAUGAUUCAACAACCACAACGACAACAACAACAACAAUCAUAAAUGAUAAUGAUGAUGAAAAAUUUGAUUGGCAUAAUCAAGAAUUGAAAUGGAAAAAUAUCUUGUUGUUGGGUAUAUGGCAUUUAGCAACAAUAGGUUUUUAUUGUUAUGCAUGUGUAAAUGAUUUUAAAAUUCAAACAAUUUAUUUUGCCGUUGCUAUUGGUAUGAUGUCCGGUAUUGGUACAUCAGCUGGUUCACAUCGUUUAUGGUCACAUCGUUCAUAUCGUGCACGAUGGCCAUUAAAACUUUGGUUACUAAUGUUUCAAGCAAUCACUAUGAAUGGUUCAGCAUUAUCAUAUGCACGUGAUCAUCGUACACAUCAUAAAUAUUCGGAUACAGCUGGUGAUCCAAAAAAUCCAACACGUGGUUUAUUUUAUUCACAUAUUGGUUGGUGGUUAUUGAAAAAAACUGAUGCUGUUAUCGAAGGUGGUCGACAAUUAGAUUUUUCUGAUCUUUAUCGUGAACGAUUGGUUUAUCUUCAACAUAAAUAUUAUCUACCAAUAUUCAUUAUAUUUGGUGUUUUAAUACCAUGGUCAAUACCGGUGAUUGGUUGGAAUGAAGAUCCAUGGAUGUCUUUCGGUUUGGUUGUUGUUUUACGUAUAACAAUCGUACUACAUCAUUUAUUUACCGUUAAUUCAUUGGCACAUUAUUUUGGCUAUCGACCAUAUGAUUUUCGUAUCCGACCGGCUGAUCAUCGAUUUGUUAAUUAUAUUUCAUUUGGUGAAGGUAUUCACAAUUAUCAUCAUGUAUUUCCAUAUGAUUAUCGUAUAAAUGAACGUUCACAAUGGGAACUGUUUAAUCCACCCGGUAUGUUUAUCCAAUUGAAUCGUUUAAUUGGUUUAGCAUAUGAUUUAAAAGUAGCAUCACCAUCAGUAAUUGCUGGUGUUGUUCGACGUCGUGGUGUUCAACCAAUUCGUGAUCAAAAACGAAGUCUUACAUUUCGUAUUUGUAAUGCAUUAUUUGAUUGGACUGUUGGAAUACUUGUUGGUGCAUGGGCUGCAUAUCCAUUGAUUGCAUUUAAAUUGCUUACAGAACGAGAUGUAUUCAUGUAUCGGGCAUAUUUGGCACAGAAAAAAUUCAAUGUAGUUUUAAGUGAAAUUAAUCAAUCAUCACCACAACCAUUGAAAGCGGUUCGAUUAUAUGCCAGAUAUUUAUCAUCAUCAACAACAACAUCGUCGGUGGAUGAAAUUCUUGCCGAAUUGGAUUCAAAUCAAACCAUAUACAUGGAUGAUUGUUAUUCAUCGCUUUGUGCUGCAGCCAUUUAUUUUCAUGAAAAAAAUUAUGAAAAUGUUUUGAAAAUUUUAAAUAAUUCCAGUGAUAUUGAAUGUAUGGCUGCAACCGUACAAGCAUUACUUCAUUUGGAUCGUUUAGACUUGGCCCGUAAAGAACAUAAACGAAUGUGUCAAAAAGAUGAAUAUCAUACCCUAUCACAAUUGGCAUUAGCAUGGAUAAAUUUAUAUUAUGGUGGUGAAAAAUUACAAGAUUCAUAUUUUAUUUAUCAAGAAUUGAAAGAAAAAUUCGGUCCAACACCAUUAUUGUUGAAUGGUCAGGCAACUGCGUUGAUUUGUCAAAAUCGUUGGGAAGAAGCUGAACAAUUAAUUGUGGAAACAAUUGAAAAAGAUUCAAAUUAUACUGAAGCGAUUAUUAAUCAAAUGUUAUUGGCAAAUUUACAAGGAAAAUCAUUAGAAUUAAUAAAUAGAUUUAUUAAUCAAUUAAGUGAUCGUGUUAGUAACCUAGUUUGUAAAAUAUUACUAAAAGUUUACUUUGUUUUACUUAAAGAUAAAAUUUCUAAACAAUAUCAAAUUGUUUAG